AUGAUGUCCUCCGCUGCCUCGCAGAUCGAAGCGAAAGGUGGCGAGAAUCUGCGUACGACGGUCACUAUCAACGGUGUAACGAAAGAAGUGCCGGACUACGCCACGGUUCAAGGGAUUCUUAUUGGCGUCGUCGCGGCUUUCAUUCUCGCUGUUACCAUUCUUGGGCCCGAGGCGCAUAGUGCGCAGUUCGAAAAGCACAAGACAGCAUUUGAGGAAGGUGGGGGACGGGAUGACGCGUUGAUUGAAGACGGUGAGGAAUCGCAGGUCGGGCGGGCUGAGGCGGGGUCUUCGCGGAGGGAAGAGUCGUUCGAUGAGAAGGAGAAGGGUAGCUUUGCUCAUAAAGAGAUGGCUUGA